CAGAACGGGAAAGGGGCCCCGGUCUUUCCCUUCAUUUCAUCGGAACGCUGUCGGACAUUGUUGUUGUCAUGAAACAGAAUCAUAGUGUAUGUUUUCUCCAAAGAAUAACGAGCCGGCGAAUAUCGAUGAAAUUCAAUCCGUAUUGUCUCUAAAUCGACUACCGAGAUAUGUCUGUGAAACGGGUGAUAUAUGUAAUGAAUGGGGAAGUGUCGAGGCGUUACUUUACUUUAACAAGUUAACCGUAAUCUGGUUACGGGGUUGACUGAGUCAGCUUGAUCGUAAGGAAACUGGCACCGUGUGAUCAGAUGGACACGGACAUGUUGGGGAAUAACGAUCUGUACUCACACAAGUAGGACCUAAUAUUUGUUUUCAAUGUGGAAUUCUAUUUUUGCUUGUUGAGUAUUCAGAUAACCUAUUUGAUCGUAUUUAGGCGAACAUAUUAGGUAAUCAAAAUAUCUUCCAACAACAAUUUGACUAAUUAGAAUAGAUAUAUUUUUCAGAAAAUAACCUAAUAUUCUCGAAACAAUCAUGUCAGACUAUACACAGAGGUCUCUGCCUUUUUGUCAGCGGCUGAGUUACGCUGUGGGACACUUUCUGAACGAUCUGUGUGCGUCUAUGUGGUUCACCUACCUGUUGGUGUACUACCACUCCGUGCUGGGCUUUCAGAACACCUAUGCAGGUGUGUUACUGCUGGUGGGGCAGAUAGCGGACGGGGUCUGCACACCCCUUAUCGGCUACGAGUCGGACCGGACGCCGGGGUGUGGGACAUACGGCAAGAGGAAGACAUGGCAUUUAGUGGGUACGGUCAGUGUGCUGAUGUCCUUUGCGUUCAUCUUUAAUCAGUGUCUGGGGUGUGACCAGUACACCUCUCAGUGGGUCAGCCUGACGUACUUCAUCCCAUUCAUCAUCAUCUUCCAGUUCGGCUGGGCUGCCACGCAGAUCUCACACCUGUCACUCAUCCCUGAGCUGGUAUCCUGCGAACACGCCAAGGUGGAGCUCACUGCUUACAGGUAUGCAUUUACAGUGAUGGCCAAUAUAACAGUGUACGCUGUGGCCUAUCUGCUGUUCCACUUCCAGACCGGAUCAGACCAGGACCCCUCUCUCACCGAGACCCUGGGGCCCAUAGAUAUCCCUAUAUUCAGGAACCUGAGCCUCAUCGUGCUGGGUAUCGGUGCUCUUUCCUCUGUCCUCUUUCACCUGGGCACACGAGAAGAGAAGAGAGAAGAGGAGGAUGAUGAAGAAGAAGAGAAAGGAGAGCGCCGGCCCCUUAUCCCUCGCCCUCAGGCUGCCGCCCCUGUCCAGUCGCUGCUGAGGUGGAAAUGCUGGCUGAAACAGCCUUCCUUUUACCAGGUAGCGUUUCUCUACAUGUCCACCAGACUGAUAGUGAACGUGUCUCAGACGUACAAUCUCAUGUAUCUUACCAACACUCUCAUGUUGCCAAAGAAAUACAUUGCCACUAUUCCCCUGGUGAUGUACGUCAGUGGCUUCGCUUCCUCUUUCAUCAUGAAGCCUAUCAGCAAACUCAUCGGCAAAUGUAUGACCUACUUUGUGGGCCUGCUGCUGAUCAUGGCCUUCUCUUAUUGGGUGUUGAUAGACGACCAGAUGGGUGACCGGAUCUACGGGGCGUCCGUCCUUCUAGGGGUGGGGUCAGCUACCAUCCUGGUGAUGUCACUCUCCAUGACCGCUGACCUCAUCGGGGACCAGACGCAAAGUGGAGCGUUUGUUUACGGGGCGAUGAGCUUCACUGACAAGGUGGCCAACGGAGUAGCUGUUAUGAUGAUACAGACUCUACACCCCUGCCAUUCUCAGGUCUGCUGUCCAGCGUGUGUGUGGUACUACCACUAUGUCAUGGUCAUAGCAACAGGGGGCGUGGCCGUCAUAGCAGCUCUCAGUCUCUGUACCAUCCUUGUCUGGCCUAUCAGGAUUGUCCGCCACUCUGGCAAGAAGAACCAACACAAGGAGAACAUAGACAACCCUAACUACACUCAGGAAGCGGGGCAGGGUGAUUGUGCUAGUGUUAGGGGUCUGCCUUACAUCUCAGGUCUGAUGGGCAGCGAGGAUCAGGACAUCUCUGAGGACAACUCUUACCAGCCUAGACCAACGGUCAACUAAGGAACUACGGUUGGCAGAGGUAUGGCUGACAGUUACCUGGACCCUGCUCUACUGUAGUAGAGACCAGCCAGCUUAUCCCUGGGUGAAUAACCACUGCAGAACCCAGCCUGUCUCUUCAGGGAUUAUAGUUUAGCUCUGUGGCCUCUCCAGGACUCCCUCAGGCAUCUUAAAACUCUCAACUGGAACAACCAACAUUUUAGACUGAAAAGUCAUCUCACCGUAGUGUUCACAAACAGCCAACUGGACUAGCAGUAUUCCUCUGAAAGAAUCAAGACUUUCCUUCUGGACCUGACCAGUAGCUGUUCUGUACUGUAGGGGAGUUGGGUCAAUUCAGUGUACAACAUUACUGUCAACUUAACAAUCAACAUGAGGGAGUUUAUACAGUAGCAGUCCAUUGUCUCUCUCUCAAUCAGCACCUUCUCACAGUCAUACUGCAGUUGAUUCAGUUGGUUGAUUCAGUUGGUUGAUUCAGUUGGCUGAUUCAGUGAGCUGAUUCAGUGGCUUGAUUCAGUGAGCUGAUUCAGUGGCUUGAUUCAGUUGGCUGAUUCAGUGAGCUGAUUCAGUGGGUUGAUUCAGUUGGCUGAUUCAGUUCAACAGUGCCGAAAUGAUUGAGUACAUAUCUACACUGACACACACGGGUCCAGAAUACGUACAUACACCUCUUGAGAAAAGAAUACGUACACCCCUCUUGAGAAAGUCCGAUAAUACACUAUUAUACCAUCUGUUGUGAAUGUCCAAAAACAAUACAUUAUGCUGAUUACAGCCCGCUGGGCACACACUGGUUCAAUCAGCGUUGUUUCCACGUCAUUUCAAUGAAAUGCCUUGGAACCAACGUGGAAUAGACGUUGAAUGGCCGUCUGCCCAGUGGGAGGUGACGUGUCAUCAGAACAGCUUUUGUUUGGAGGUAAGUUGUCUUCGUCAAUGUAACUAUUGUGUGUUUUGUUCCAGUGUGGUAGUCAUUGAGUGUUGUAGUAAUAAUAUGACGUUGUGUUGCUUUAAACCACAUCAUGCUGUGUGUGUUUGAUUACAUGUUCUAAUGUCAUUUGCAUUGCAAGUAAAAUAAGGAUUUAUGGGGGCAUUAUUACAUUAAAACGAAUCAGGAUUGUGAAAAGGGAUACCUUGCAAUAUGGAUAAACUGAAUGGAAUAAAAACUGAGCAACAAUAUAAACGCAACCGUUUUACUGAGCUACUGGUCAUAUGACUUCGUUAGGGCCUAAUCUAUGGAUCUCACAUGACUGCGUAGGGGAACAGCCGUGGGUGGUCCUUGGCGAAGGAGAAAUGCUCACUAACAGGGAUGUAAAACACAUUGUGCUCAAAAUUAGAUAUAAAUCAUAUUUUGUGCGUAUGGAACAUUUCUGGGAUCUUUUAUUUCAGUUCAUGAAACAUAGGACCAACUCUUUACAUGUUGUGGUUAUAUAUAUUUUUGUUCAGUAUAUAUGAAUAGUAUAAUAUAUUUCCUGGGUGAUAUUCAGGUUACUGGACAGACAGAUGAUUCGUCUCAAACAAUAGAACUAGAAUCAUUAGAGUAGAAUCAUUCUAAUUCUAUGGGGGAAACAUUUUGCACAGGGUGACUAGGAAACUGCCUUAUAGGAAAACCAUUUUAUCUCUUGAAAAAUUGUUUUGUAUUCAUUGCUUUUUAUUUCCAAUAUAUUGUGAAGUGACUUUUUUUCCCCCCCUACUGUUCAUGUCUCUGUUUUUGCUCAUUCUCUGGGAAGUAUAUUAAACACAUUUCAUACUACUGUCA